AUGGCUGACACUACGAUCAAGGAUCCGGAACGCACCGGUGCGCGCGAGAUAGUUGCGAACACGGAUGCCGAGUACGCACCGGCGACCCAAGCCGUCCAGCAGUAUGCCUACUCGGAAUCGCGAAAGAUCGGCGUCACAGGCGCCGUCUUCCUCAUCCUGAACAAGAUGAUCGGAACCGGAAUAUUCUCAACCCCAUCCGGCAUCUUCGCAGCCACAGGCUCCGUGGGGGUAUCCAUCAUUCUCUGGCUCGUCGGCGGCAUUCUCACGUUCUGCGGCAUGAGCGUGUUUCUCGAGUUCGGACUCGCCAUCCCACUGUCUGGAGGUGAGAAGAACUACCUCGAACGUGUGUACAGGCACCCCCGCUACCUGGCCACUUGUGUCCUGGCGUCGCAGAUGAUCCUUCUGGGGUUUUCGUCCGGUAAUUCGCUCGCCUUUGGUCGGUACGUGCUGGCUGCGUCGGGAAGCACCAAAGGCGAUGGCUGGGAGGCCCGUGGCAUCGGCAUCGCAUGCAUCACGUUCGCUGUCACCUUGCACUCGACAUUACCUAAAUGGGGGCUCCGCCUAGUCAACAUCCUCGGCAUCUUCAAGGUCGUGAUACUUCUGUUUAUUGUGUUCUCCGGCUUCGCUGCACUCGCAGGCCACCUUCGCGUGCCGCCUCCCGGAAACUUCAAGAACGCCUUCGCCAUCGAGACCACGGCGAACUACGGUGGCCAGGGCGCUUAUGGGUAUGCGACAGCCCUACUGAACAUCAUUUACAGCUACAAGGGCUGGGAGAACGCCAACUAUGUCGUUGGAGAGCUUAGGAACCCUCGCAAGACCUUGGCGAUUGCCGCGCCUAUCGCCAUUGGCGGCGUCACCAUUCUCUACAUACUAGCCAACGUGGCCUAUUUCGCGGCGAUUUCCAAGGACGACCUGGCCACGUCCGAGGUGCUGGUGGCGGGACUGUUCUUCCGCAAUGUGUUUGGCGACAAUGCGGCGGCUAAGAGUCUUCCAGCGUUCGUCGCCUUGAGUAAUCUCGGCAACGUUCUGGCAGUGAGCUUUGCCCAUGCUAGACUGAAUCAGGAGUUUGGCAAAGAAGCUCUCUUGCCGUUCAGCCUGUUUUGGGCGUCGAUCAAACCCUUCAACGCGCCAGCUGCAGCGUUGUUCCUCCACUGGCUCGUCACAGUCAUCGUCCUCGUUGCUCCUCCAGCGGGCCCAGCAUACAACUUCAUCAUCAAUCUCUACACCUACCCAGGAGCAUGGAUCAACGCGUUCGUCGCAGCCGGGCUUCUAUAUCUACAGUGGAAGAAGUCCGAGAAGUGGUCGUCGCCGUGGCACACCUUCUUCCCCAUCACAAUCGUAUAUUUUCUAGCCAAUGUCUUCCUUGCACUCGUCCCGUUCAUUCCGCCGACUGGAGCUUGGGACGCCGAGGGCUAUCCGUACUAUGUCUUCCCCGUCGUUGGAGUUGGUGUUCUGCUUCUGGGUGGUGUGUACUGGGCGUGCUGGUCGAAGAUAUGGCCUGCCAUUGGGGGGUACAAGGUUGUCGCGACGAGGGUAGUCGAGACCGAUGGAGCUGAGGUCGUCAGAUACCAGAAAAUCAAGAUUCGGUAA